CAUUCGGGUAUGUCCGUAUGGUAAUGAAGCACAUGUCAUUUCACAGCGGCGUGGAGUGAAAAUGGCGAACAAUUAUUUUGGAUUUACACAAGGUGCCACGCAUUAUACGGCACAGCCAGCAGCCUAUCCUGCAGCACAAACUGCUUAUGUCCAUCAGGCUGCUCCAGCUGCUUAUGCCACUGCAGCUACGCCCAGGCCUACCUAUGAAACCUAUCAGACUGCAGCCACAACUCAGUAUGCCUAUGCUACAAGGACUCCGGUAAUAGUUAAUCCCAAUUUACAGGUCAAUCACAACUUGACACCCGUCGUACCGGCUGCUGCCACUUAUGACACAACAAAGACGUACUAUCAGCCAGCAGCACAGCCAGCAUAUACUGUAGCCACAGAGACUCAUUAUCAGACUAGUAAACCAGCCUACUCUGGUGCCACAACAUAUGCUAGUCAGCCCCGUGUACAGACAUCUGCACAGAAAAGUGCAUCCACAUAUGUGUACCCAGCAUCUGGUGCAACGACAACACAGUCGACGACUUCAUACACCUCCACUCCAGCAUAUGCUACCACUACUUCUGGGGCCACAUAUUCAGCAGGCUAUGAUGCUGCUCUCUACUCUGCAGCCACCAACUACUACCAGCAACAGCAAGCAGCUAAGACUGGGACUACAUACUACAAGAAGGGGCCGACAACCACCUUCCAGAAGAAGGACAAGAAAGUUCCUCCAAAACAGCCACAGCUGCACUAUUGUGAUGUGUGUAAGAUCAGCUGUGCCGGACCACAGACUUACAGGGAGCACUUGGAAGGACAGAAGCACAAGAAGAAGGAAGCUGCCAUGAAGGGUACAACUCAGCCCACUGGCCGGCCUGGUCAGAACCAGCUCCGCUGUGAGCUUUGUGAUGUGGCCUGCACUGGGGCUGAUGCCUAUGCUGCCCACAUUAGAGGUGCCAAACAUCAGAAAGUAUUAAAACUGCACACAAAAUUGGGAAAGCCAAUUCCUUCUACUGAACCUACAGUGGUUACCCUUGGUGCUGGGAAUGCUACCACUGCCACUACUGUGAAGGUUGUCACUUCCUCCCAAGCUACGGCAGUGGCAGCAGCUCCUGUCCCUACAGCCUCUGCCAAAACUGUCACCAAGACUAUUGUCACUGCCACUGGAACAAAAAAAGUGCUGGCAACGCCCAAGAUAACAUUUGUUGGUGGGAGCCAACUGAAGACCACAGGAACAAAGAUGGAGGAGGUGAAGCCAGAGCCAGUCAUGGAACCCAAGCAAGAAGUACCCACAGAAUCCAGCACAGCUAGUUUGUCCAGCAUCCUGGGAGAGAAGGAUGUCCAGCCAGUAGGCCAUGAGUACAUUGAGGAAGUGAAGAAUGAACAGGGCAAGACUAUUAGUUUCAACUGCAAGUUGUGCGAGUGCAAGUUUAAUGAUCCUAAUGCCAAGGAAAUGCACAUGAAGGGGAGACGCCAUCGCCUUCAGUACAAGAAAAAAGUAGAUCCCAAGUUGGAAGUGGAUGUGAAGCCCAGUAAUCGUAACUUCAAGAAGCUGCAGAAAGAAAAGAUGAAAUUUCAACAACAGAGGACUAGAAAUAU